AUGGGCCGUCCCUCCGUCCCGCUGUCGGCGGACCUCCCGCCGCUGAUCUUCGGCACGAGCACCUUCAAUUCGCAGUACAAUCCCGAUCCGUACGCGCUGCCCACGACGGAGCUCGUCCACCACGCCCUCUCCGCGGGGAUUCGCGCCUUCGACACGUCGCCCUACUACGGCCCGGCAGAGGACCUGCUGGGCCGUGCCCUGGCCACCGAUUUCGUCCGCGACAACUUCCCCCGCUACACGUACCGGCUCCUGACCAAGGUGGGCCGGAUCGCGGCCUCGUCGUUCGAUUACUCCCCGUCCUGGAUCCGAUAUAGCGUCCGUCGCAGCUUGAAACGGCUGCGCACCUCGUACCUGGACGUGGUCUACUGCCAUGAUGUCGAGUUUGUCACUCCUCAGGAGGUGCUGGAGGCCGUGCGGGAGCUGCGCCGGAUCCGCGACGCAGAGGGCACGAUCCGUUAUGUCGGCAUCUCGGGGUACCCGGUUGAUGUGCUGUGUUCGCUCGCAGAGAUGGUCCUGAGGGAGACGGGUGAGCCCCUGGACGUGGUCAUGUCCUACGCCAACUUCACGGUCCAGAACACCCGGUUGCUGACCGAGGGUCUGCCCCGUCUUCUCGCCGCGGGAGUCGAUGUCGUCCCGAACGCGUCUCCCCUGGGGAUGGGCCUGCUGCGCCGGCAAGGCGUGCCCAUCGGCGGCAUGGGAAAUUGGCACCCUGCGCCGGACGGCCUGCGGAACGCCAUCCACGCGGCCAGCAAAUGGGUGGACGAACAGGACGAAAAGCUGGAAGUUGUCGCCAUCCGAUUCGCGCUCGAGACCUGGCUCCGCGAGGGAGCCUCUGCCGGCGCAUUGGGACCGCCUCUGGCGCGUUCUGCGGACGCAGAUGCCGGCUAUCUGUCGGUGGCCCAUCUCGGGACGGGCAAUCGCUUGGGCGUCAGCGUCAUGGGGGUCAGCAACCUGGACGAGUUGAACGAGAUACUCCGCGUGUGGAGGAGUAUUAUCGACGGGCUGGAAACAGACGACGCUGAGGUGGCCAGCCAGGCUGACCACGCUGAGAAGAACCUCGACCAAAGCCACGAUGAGAAAGCGACAAGCCAACUUCCUCCAGCUGUCCUCACACCAACAGAAGGACUGAUCACGGACCGUGAAUGGUCGCGCGCACGGCGGAAGCGCAUCCAGGACCUGGCGCAGGGCAUUCGCUCCAUCCUGGGCCCCGAAUGGGUCGAUUACGCCUGGCCCAGUCCUGGACCGGACUUUGUCAAUUUCCUCCCGGAAGAGCACCACCGGCUGAAGGCCACGUUAGAGGCAGAAGAGCGGGAAGCGAUCAAACAGAAUGACCAGAAAGAACAGACCGUCGGUGGUGAUGGCAAGACGGGAGAUAUCAACGUGGACACGAGCGAGAUCGAUCCUGAAAAAGCAGCGGCAACGGCAACGGCAGGGCUGACUACACCGCCGCUGGAAGCGUACAAUGCAGUCCACUCUCUUCCCUCUUCAGUCCAGCAUGGCUUUACUUAUAAGGAUCACACAAACCGCUUCUCCCCUCUUUCUGGCCUCCAGCCGGGCGAGCUUCAACCUCCGCGUCGACCGCUCCGUCCUCCGCGUGAUCCACCACGCCAGCAGGGUGGUAGCGAUACAAGCCGCGACAAGCGCCAUCGUGACCGCAAACGGGACAGUGUACUUCGGGGCAUAACGACUGCGAAAGAUCUGGGGGCCGAUGGCGCCGCCGAUCUGGCCGUAGCUGUUGACGAAGCCGAUGGAGAAGGCGGAGCCGGUGGCGCGCCUGGUGGUCUGGACGCGCCACGGCCACAUCAUGGGGUACCAGGCGCUGGCGAGGGCGUUGGAGAGGACGGUGACGGCGUAGACGGCGCCGUUGCUGGGGUAGGCGUAGAGCACGCCGUAGCACACGAGGAUGACGACCAGGAAGGAGAGCGGAUACAGCGGGCGAGGCAGGCGGGCGCUGUCGGCCCAGACGCCGAAGACCCAGAUGCAGAGGACGGUGAGGACCGAGGUGGGGAUGUUGAGCAGUUGGGACGUGGCGAUAUCACUAGACAGAAGAAUGUCAGGCUUGCGGAAAAAAAAAGGUCAUUAACUUAA